AUGCGCCUCGGUUCUUCCGCCCUGAGAACUUCUCUCAGGGCUCCUGCUUUCUCGGCCGGAACCACCUCCUUCCAAGCUAUCCGAUGCUACUCCGCUAAGACCCAGACCCUCAAGGAGCGCUUCGCCGAGCUCCUGCCCGAGAAGAUCGAGGAGAUCAAGACCCUCCGAAAGGAACAUGGCUCCAAGGUCGUCGACAAGGUCACCCUCGACCAGGUCUACGGUGGUGCUCGUGGCAUCAAGUCCCUCGUCUGGGAGGGUUCCGUUCUCGACUCCGAGGAGGGUAUUCGCUUCCGUGGCAAGACCAUCCCCGAGUGCCAGGAGCUUCUCCCCAAAGCCCCCGGCGGCAACGAGCCCCUGCCUGAAGGUCUCUUCUGGCUGCUCCUGACCGGCGAGGUCCCCACCGAGCAGCAGGUCCGCGACCUGUCCGCCGAGUGGGCCGCGCGAUCCGAUGUGCCCAAGUUCAUCGAGGAGCUCAUCGACCGCUGCCCCUCCGACCUGCACCCCAUGGCCCAGCUGUCCCUCGCCGUCACUGCCCUCGAGCACACCUCCUCGUUCGCUAAGGCCUACGCCAAGGGUAUCAACAAGAAGGAGUACUGGGGACACACCUUCGAGGACUCCAUGGACCUGAUCGCCAAGCUGCCCACCAUUGCCGCCCGCAUCUACCAGAACGUCUUCAAGGGAGGCAAGGUCGCCCCUGUCCAGAAGGACAAGGAUUACUCCUUCAACUUCGCCAACCAGCUCGGCUUCGGCGAGAACAAGGACUUCAUCGAGCUGCUGCGUCUCUACCUGACCAUCCACACCGACCACGAGGGUGGUAACGUCUCCGCCCACACCACCCACCUGGUCGGAUCCGCCCUCAGCUCGCCGUUCCUGUCCGUCUCCGCCGGUCUCCAGGGUCUUGCCGGCCCCCUACACGGCCUUGCCAACCAGGAGGUACUGAACUGGCUCGUUGAGAUGAAGAAGGCCGUUGGCAAUGACCUGUCCGACAAGGCCAUAACCGACUACCUGUGGUCCACCCUGAACUCGGGCCGUGUCGUUCCCGGCUACGGCCACGCCGUGCUCCGCAAGACUGACCCCCGUUACAUGGCCCAGCGCAAGUUCGCCCAGGAGAAGAUGCCCAACGACCCCAUGUUCCAGCUGGUCAGCCAGGUCUACAAGAUCGCCCCCGGCGUCCUGACCGAGCACGGAAAGACCAAGAACCCCUACCCCAACGUUGAUGCCCACUCUGGCGUCCUCCUGCAGUACUACGGCCUGACCGAGGCCAACUACUACACCGUGCUGUUCGGUGUCUCGCGUGCCAUUGGUGUCCUGCCCCAGCUGAUCAUCGACCGUGCCGUUGGCGCCCCCAUCGAGAGGCCCAAGUCCUUCUCCACCGAGAAGUGGAUCGAGAUCACGAAGAAGCUGUAA